AUGAACAAAUCAGACAAGAACCAAUUAAGCUUAUCCAUGAGUGUAACAGGCAUGAGCCAGCCAAGUGUAAACUUAAUUGGUAUGAACCAACUGGACAUGAACCAACCUACCACCAGCCUACAUGACAUGAACCAACUGGGCAUGAAACAAGAGGGUAUGAACCAAUCACCCAUGAGGCAACAAGGCACAAGCCUUCCAGACAUAAACCAACCUGAUAUGAAACAACCAGACAUGUGGCAAUCAUGUACAAACCUCACAGACAUAAACCAACCUGUCAUGAAACAACUAGGCCCAUGGCAGUUAGGUACAACCCAACCAGGCACAUGCCAACCAGGCAUGAGCCAGCCAGGCAUGUGCCAACCAGGCCUGAGUCAACAAGACAUGUGGCAACCAGGCUUCUGGGAAUCAGGCAAGAGCCAACUAGGUGAAUGGCAACCAGGCACAUGGCAAACAAGCUUGAACCAUUCAGGCACCAGCCAAUCAAGUACAAGUCCACCAGGAAUGAGGCAGCUAGACUUGAGUCAAUCAAGUAUAACUCUACCGGGCACUAGCCAACUAGGCAUGAGCCAAUCAGUUACAAGUCUACCGGGCACAAGGCAACUAGAUAUGAGCCAAUCAAGUACCAGUCAACUAGACAUCAAUCAACUAGGUAGGAGCCAGCCAGGCAUAUGGCAACCAGAUCUGAGCCAAUUAGGCAUGAGCCAACUGGUCUUGAACCAGCCAGGCAUGUGGCAACCAGGCAUAAACCAUUUAGUCCUGGGUCAACCAGGCAUGUGGCAACUAGUUUCAAGCCAACCAGGUACAUGUCAACCAGGUCUGAGUCAACCACACACCAGCCAAUCAGGUGCAAGUCAACCAAGUAUGAGCCAAUCAAAUCUGAUCCAAAUGAGCAGGACACAAUCAGGCAUGUGGCAACCAAGUCACCCAGCCCUGAGCCAACCAGGCCCGAGUCAACAAAAGCCAAUCCAACCAAGCACAAGUCAGUCAUGCACGAGGCAACCUAGCAUGAAUUCUUUCCGAGUAAGACCUGCAGAGGCUCGAGACUGCCCAGAAAUCCUGCGCCUGAUUAAAGAAUUGGCUGCCUGUGAAAACAUGCUAGAUGCAGUAACAUUAACAACAACUGACUUACUCCGGGAUGGCUUUGGGACCAAUCCCCUUUUCUAUUGCCUGAUUGCCGAAGUAUACAAUAAAAGAAAACUAUCUGGCAAAGUGACUGUUGGAUUUGCCAUGUACUACUUUACAUACGACCCCUGGAUUGGCAAGUUACUUUACCUAGAGGACUUUUAUGUCAUAGAAGCUUACCGAGGUCUAGGUAUUGGAGCUGAAAUGCUGAAGAGGCUAAGUCAGAUAGCCAUCAGAAGCCAAUGUAACUGCAUGCACUUUCUUGUUGUCAUUUGGAACCAGGCUUCUAUUGACUACUAUACUCGUCGAGGGGCUUUAGACCUUUCCUCUGAAGAGGGCUGGCAUCUGUUCAGGUUUAACAGAGAAGAACUCAUGGACAUGGCAAGGGAAGAAUGA